AUGGCUUGGUCGAACAAGCGAACCGCAGCAUUGGUCUGGCACCUGAUAGCCCUGUCGUCUUGCAUCUACGGCUUUAAGUCGCUCGAUGUACUUUCUGAUCUGAUGGGCGUCGAUAUGACUGAUGAGUACGGAGGGUUUUUCCAGUUUCUGACAAUGUGUGGUCUGACCGCAACGACUAGCACCAUUUCAUUGGCGUUAAUACUCGAUCUGGUACAUGGACCGGAAGCUCUACGGUGGCUUAAGGAUCUGUUGAUGGCCGUGUCUCUUCCCACUGAAACUAUCAUCACGGCGCUUUACUGGUCGCUUAUGACGAUCAACAAGGACUUGCUGAUGCAGACCAAGAAAGUGACGGAUCCAACGAAUCCGGAUCAGGUGCUCCGCGAAGAAUCGGUGGCUGUGCCAUUCUGGAUCGACGCCAGCAUGCAUGGAUUCCCGAGCUUGUUUCUACUGGUCGACUUAUUAGUCUUUAGUCGACGCUUUCCUGAUUCCAUACCAGUCGUGGUUGUGACUACCGCUGUGACAGCUGCCUAUGGUUUAUGGGCCGGCAAGUGCGCCUCUAUGAACGGGCACUAUCCUUACCCACUUCUGGACAUCUUGAGCGCCCCCCAACGUGUUGCACUGUACGUUGGCGCUGGCGCAUUAGCCUCCCUUGCUGGUGUCGCUGUCAUCCGACUUCAAGCUAGAGUCAAGAGUUCUCACGGCUCCGCUGCGAAAGCCAACGUGAAUAAGACGAAAUAG